GAAAGUUUCACUUCCGGUUUUAUACACGUGCGUGAAGAAUUUGUAAACAAUGAGUGAACGGUGAACCAAGAUCAUGUAGCUUGUAACAAAGAACAAAUAUGAAGGUGGUCGCACUUGUAAGUGGUGGUAAGGACAGCUGCUAUAAUAUGAUGCAAUGUGUGAGUGAGGGGCAUCAAAUUGUUGCACUAGCCAACCUAAAACCAGAAAAGAAAGAUGAACUGGACAGCUAUAUGUUCCAAACAGUAGGUCAUCAUGGCAUAGACUUGUACGCAGAAGCCAUUGGUCUCCCCUUAUAUAGGCACACAAUUCAUGGCUCCUCAAAAUCUAUAGGACGAGAUUACAUGGUCACAGAAAAUGAUGAAGUAGAAGAUUUAUUCAAUUUACUUAAAAAUGUUAAGGAAGAAUGUGGAAUUGAGGCUGUAUCAGUUGGAGCCAUUUUGUCAGAUUAUCAAAGAGUCAGAGUUGAAAAUGUAUGUCAGAGGCUUGGACUUACGUCCCUUGCCUAUUUAUGGAGGAGAGACCAAGAAGAGUUGUUAAAAGAGAUGAUUGAAUCACAGGUGAUAGCAGUUCUAAUCAAAGUUGCUUCCCUUGGUUUAGAGCCUAAACACUUAGGUAAAACCCUGGGAGAGAUGUCCCCUCAUUUAAAGAAAAUGAAAGAAAAAUAUCAGUUGAAUGUAUGCGGGGAAGGCGGAGAGUAUGAGACCUUUACUGUGGACUGUCCUCUAUUUGAGAAACGAAUCAUAAUAGAUGAAGUAGAAACAGUUAUCCAUUCUGAUGAUGCCUUUGCCCCAGUAGCUUAUUUGAACAUAAAAAGAGCACAUCUAGAGGAAAAACCACUGAUAGAUGAAGAUAUGGCAGACAGAGUAAAAGAUUUGCCAAUGUUAAGAAGCUCUCAGCUACACUCCUCCCUUCAACUGGAGAACACCACACAAGAUCCACCCAUGACUUCUCUCAGAGAUGAAAGUCACAAAACAGUCUCACUUACAGUGAGUGAAGAUAAACUGAUCUCUGUGGUAACUGAACAUAACCAUUUAUGGAUAACUGGACUCAUUGGUCUGAACACAGGAAAUACCAGCUUAACAGAAAUCACCAUCAAAACAAUGAGCAAGCUUAAAGAGAUCUUGGAAAACUCUCCAGCAACCAGUAGCUGUGGUGUGAGUUGUGUUGCCAUGGUUCACCUGUAUAUUCAAGACAUGUCCAUAUUUGGUGAAGUUAAUUCUGUUUACAAAACAUAUUUUGGGAUUAAUCCACCUGCUAGAAUUUGUGUCCAGGCCACCUUACCACCUAAUGUGGCCCUGCAGAUAGAUUGUUAUUGUAACAAGGAUGUUAAUGAUAGACAAACAAUGCAUGUUCAGGGCCUAUCCCACUGGGCACCAGCAAACAUUGGUCCUUAUAGUCAAUGUGUGAAGGUCAAAGACAAACUAUAUGUGGCAGGACAGAUAGCAAUGUGCCCAGCUAACUUGGCGAUUAUAAGUGGAGGAAUAGUUCCGCAGGCAAGACUGUCUCUCCGCCAUGUACAGAGGAUAUUAGAAGCAAUGCAUUGUGGGAUGGACAAACUAAAUAUGGUUGUUUGUUAUGUUACUGAUAUUGGCUAUGUACAGUCAGCUCAAAAGGAAUUGGAAACAUACAAAUUAAGAUAUGAGAAGGAUGGGGAGUUUGGAGUAGAGGAACAGAACAGUUCCUCACCCACAGUGGUUUAUGUAGAGGUACCAAGGUUACCUAAAGAUGCUCUCAUAGAAUGGCAGGUCACAGCUAGAACAGACCUCCAUGAAUUGUCUGUUGCAGAAUGGAGGAAGAAUAUUCAGUUGCCCCACUUUAAAUGUUAUGUACAUUGUCUCCAUACUGAUGAAGAAAUCAUUUCAUGUGUGAUAUCAAUAAGAAGUAUAGAAUCUGUUGAGAAUUCAUUAACAAAGAAAGUGUUAGACUGUUUCCGUCAGGUCCUAAAUGAAGUCCAAGUAUCACUGCCAGCAACAUUUAAGUCAAUAUUCCCACUACGAAUUUUCUUCUCCUCUAGUCAGCUCAAUAUCAAUGAACUUUAUCAGGAUCUUGAUCACCAGGGAACAGAUUCAGAUACCUCAUUUGUUUUUGUUCCUGUAUUACAACUCUCCUCUCCAGACAAGCUGCUAGAAGCAUGUUCAUGAAGUUAUAUCACAGGACAGAGAGUUGACUUUUUUGUUUUUUAAAUUAAUAAUAACAAGAUUACAGUGUACAUUUUAUAUAUGUCAAAACUGCCUUUACCCUUUUACCAGAUGCAUUAUAUGAAAAUGAUAGACAUUUUAAAAUGGAGAUAUU